UAAAACUUCUUACAAAAUAUAUUAAAAUAAAAAUGUUUCUCUAUAAAAUAACAUUCGCAGUUGAAUUGUAACUCUGUUUUUAGAUUUAAUUCAUUUAUAAAUAUAUAAUUAUUUAAUAUUUAAUUACUGAAGGAAAGAGGGAGUUUUCGGUAUAUUUUACAAGUCUGUUUUAUCGAUUGGGAAUGUUACUUUGCCGAAAAAUAUUUUUACUUUAACUUUAUUUUGUAAGAAUUUUCGUCAUGCGUUUAUUCGCACUUUUGUGACAUCACAAUUCAAGAUGGUUGCAGUGAACCAGCAACAGAUACCUGAACUUCUUCCAUGUUUUUUAGGAUUAAGGAUGUCGAAGCGAUUGAGUUUCUACGGUCUGGUAGGCCUGGCACUUGUCUGCAUUUACUACCUAGCGUUUUAUCAGCGCUACAGCGGCUACCUCGAGCGUCGAUUACAGCCGAUGAUAUCGGAUAUUGAGAUAAGGCCGCGGACCAUCAAAAUCCAAGAGCCGGUAACGGUAAGCCAGGCAUACAUUACAGGAUCCGCGGAUAAUGCUACAAUCACCGAAAUUCAGGAAGUGGUUGACCAACAAAGGAGGGCGAUUAAAAGAGAGAUGGAAAAUUACGAAUAUCCAAAUGGAAAAUAUGGGAUAAACGUAAGCAAACUUGAAGAUUUAGUAAUGGAGAAGGGCGGUAGACCCAUGAGAAGUGUAAUUUUGACGAGUUGGCGAAGUGGUAGCACAUUUCUCGGCGACGUGGUAAACGCGCAUCCAGCAAAUUUUUAUCAUUACGAACCGCUGCUAGAUUAUGGAAUCGUACAAAUCCGAGGGCCGCCACUCGCUGAGGAGUCCUUGACAAGGAUAAUCUCUCUACUGAAUUGCGAAUACAAAGAACUCGAUCAGUACUUGGAUUAUGGGAAGACUCAUCCUUGGGUGUUCAAUCACAAUACGCAUUUAUGGCGGCAAUGCCAAGCGCAUAAACGCAUCUGCUGGGAUCCACGGUUCGUCGCUAAAUUUUGCCGGCUCUUUCCGUUUCAAUCGGUGAAGCUUGUGCGAUUGAGACUGCAUGCAGCAGAGAGACUCCUGGCUGAAGAAGAUUUAGGCGUGCGACUCGUUCUACUUAUUCGUGAUCCGAGGGGCAUUCUGCAAUCCAGAAAACACAGAGAAUGGUGUCCCGCUAAGCCUGACUGCUCCGAUCCAGCCUUGGUCUGUGCAGACAUGGUGUCGGACUUUAAUGCGGCAGUAGAACUAUCGAAAAAAUAUCCACAUUCUUUCAGGGUGGUGCGCUACGAAGACCUAUCUGUGGAUCCCUACAAGCACGUGAAGGAACUUUAUAAUUUUUACGGUUUGAACUUCCACGUGAAUGUGAAGAGAUUUCUAGAUACGCACACGAAGAAUGAUGUGGGUGGUGUGUCGAGCACCUUCCGCAAUUCCAAAGUCGCGCCAUUUCACUGGCGAGCAGACUUGGAUUUCAAAGAAGUCCACGAGAUACAAAAGGUAUGCGCAACCGCCAUGCGACUAUGGGGAUAUGUGAUGGCCUUAAAUUCCACUCACCAAAAAGACUUUGAUCCUAUCACAAAUUAUCAGCUCCAGUUGUGACAACUGGCAGACGACAUGCUCAAUGUAGAUAUGAUAUAUAGUAUAUUGGUAUAGCGAACGGCAAUAGUCGGGAGUGCCGUAGUUCAUAUAAAUAUAAUAUUCAGUGAAAGGUGCUAGCGGUAACUCACGGAAGGUAGCCAUGUAAUGGGAAUCAAUGUUAAUUUAUUUAAAAAGAAAACUUACGGUAUGCCGAAUUUUUAACUUAGCAAAAUCAAUAAGAAGGCUACUUUAAAAGAAGACAAACGGAAAUGAAAUUCGUUCGUAAGUUUUUUAUCGUACGACUAACACGAUCUAAACCACAGGGUGUUAGGGUAAAUUUUUGAGAGCUUGACAUGUGACAAAAAUUAUGUCUAACCAUAUCGACGCAAACGUUGCAAGUGUAAUUCAGACCGUUUCUAAAUAUUAUGAAUCUUUCAAGAGGAAGGAAGGAUAUUUUGUGUCCAAUGUAAUAAACUAUAUUCAUUAAUAUCAAUUGUAAUUAUAACUAGCUUGUAAAAAGAGAUUUAUAGUGAUUAUUAAAUUAUCAUAUUAUCUUUUUACAUUUUUAAUUCUACAUAUAUAAGAAAACGAAAUUUUUAUAUGGAUAAUAGAACACAAAGUGCACUCCCUUUCUUGGAUUCAUACGAGUUCACUAAAAGCAAGAGAUGACCAAGAUUAAUUUUUUAUCUUAUUGAUCAAAUGAAGGCGAUAAAAUGAUAUUACUAUAUUAUGAACUUGAAACUAUAUUCAAAUAUGAAACAAAGAAUGUUUAUCUAAUGAAUGUAUAAUAUGUGCAAUGAGAGAAGUGACUUUCACCAAUUACGGAUAGGAUCUGAAUCUCGUUAGGAUUUUGCAAUAUCACGAUAGUGUUGGGAAUUUCUGCGAUGAAAAAUUUCCACCGACAUUCAAUGUGAUUCAUGAGAGGCAGAGGUGCAAACGCAAUAUCAAUUAGCUCGUUUAUGCUACGGAAUACUCGAUGUUCCAUCUCUUGCUCAUGUGGCGAUAUCGCGAUGUUCGUGAACACUCAGGCGGCGUACGUCAAGGAAAAUGCGAGUUUCCAUGCCGGCCUUCGAUGCGGCCGACGAGGAAUUAUUUCGAAUAUACAGACGCGACCAACUCGCCCGCGAGAGCGAGUGUAAUUUUUAUAAAUGUACGACAGUCAUAAUAGCACUGCACAGAUAGUAUUGUGAGCUGUUUGUUGGCGACUUAGUAUAAGAAUACUUUUUUGAAUCUUUACACGCUAUAUUGAUUAUUCGGAACAGCCUGGCCGGCUGGCAUCCUCUAUUAUGUAUUAUAGUGUAAUUAUGUUAUGCAUUAUAUAUUAUGUGCUCGCGAUUGUAUUUCUCGCGUCCUUGUGUUAUGCACCGAGUGCUAGAUUAUCAGCUCUCUGUGUGAUCGAUCAUACUUUAUCACGCGUUCACUUAAAAUAGAAUCAAUUUCAAUAAACGUAUAUUAUUAUUAUUAUUAUUAUUAUUAUAUGAUAGAAUUUGAAUAUUGAAAAACGAGAUAUUGGCUUUAUUUUGUUAACCGAGUAUCAAUUUCUUAAAAUUUGAAUUCUGAUUAUUACCAUUAUUUGCAUUGUUUGUCAUCCUGCAUGAAACGAAGAUGAACAAGAUGAAUGUGAUCUCUCAUAUGUACGGAUGAGAUCUGACGACAGUGUUGUGCAUACAACGUCGAUGAUAUCGAUGAAUUAUCGAUAUGAUCAAAAUCGUCAAUAUAGAUAAUAGCACCCUCGUACGAUCUCAUGCGUUGUCACGUUCUCGCGGAAUGAUAUCUAGUCCAAGAAGAACGCGCAUUAUUACUUUCGCAUUUUGUACCUUAAAGUAUAAAGGUUCUCCAAUAAAAGAAUCAUAUUUCUAUGGAU